GUGUACACAGACACCUGACUGCGACGGAAUGAAAAGCAAAAGCAAAUGUUUAGUGUUUAUCGACCACCACCUUAAACAGGUAAAGAUUGAAUCGAAUCGUUUAUAAAAUCAUAAAUAGGUGUUUUCGUGUAUUUACCUGACGUUACAGAUGGAGGAUUAUGGUUAGGUAAAUCCAGUCAGAUUGUUUUCGAGUGUCGCGAGACUCUUUCAAUUUCCUCUUUCCCCAAAGAAACGAAAUUAUUUCCAUCGAACUUCAAGAGUGAAGAAAGGCCUGCUCCUAGUUUAGUUCAGCGGAAGAGGUCAGAUCCAACGUCCAGCUGUGUGUCUAUGAAGAGUGACUUGUCUAUGAAACAGCCAUUCAACCUAAAGAGUGAAGGUCACAGGUAUAACAUUUCAAUAAAACAUAUCCCUUUAGUUGGGCAUUUUAUACAAUAAUUUGUAAAAGAGAUGAUAAAAUCUUUUUUAACCGUAUUUUCAAAAAUAAACUGUAACAAAAAAAUCUUGCAACUAGGGCACCAGAAAUAAACUGUAAAAUAACAGUUUUCUCUGUAAAAUUACAAUUUGCGGUCUUUAUCUGUCAUUUUACGUUCGUUGCCCGUAUUUUAAAAAAUAAAUUAAAAGUCUGUAAACUCCGUAAAAUUACGUGUUUUCUACAUUGUAGAAGUAUUGUUCCAACUGAAUGUUUAUUGAUAAAAGCAAUAAUUUAUCUGUUUUGUUUUAUAGUUUCAUAUAUAUAUAUAUAUAUAGAGAGCGAGAGCGAGAGCGAGAGCGAGAGCGAGAGAGAGAGAGAGAGAGAGAUCAGAUCCAGGGCCUAGCUUUGUGUCUAUGAAGAGUGACUUCUCUAUGAAACAGCCAUUGAACCUAAAGAGUGAAGAUCACAGGUUGAGUGGUUGUGAUAUCACAGAUGAAGGUUGUGGUGCUCUGUCCUCCGCUCUGAGAUCAAACCCCUCACACCUGAGAGAUCUGGAUCUGUCUCAUAAUAGUCUCGGAGAUUCAGGAGUGAAGCUGCUCUCUGCUGUACUGGAGAAUCCUCACUGUAAACUGAAGAAACUCGAUUUGAGUUUCUGUGAUGUCACAGAGGAUGGCCGUGCUGCUCUCGAUUCAGCACAGAGAUCAAACCCCACACACCUGAAAGAUCUGUCCUUCUCAGGGAAUAAUCUGAAACACUAGAAAGUGAAAAACUGAUCCUUAUUAAAACCGACAUGAAGACAUAAAAAAUAUGAGUUUUAUUCAAGUUGUUAUCUAUUUUUGGUUACAGCUGAAUGAUUUUAUUGAUUGUAUAUAUUGUGUAUGGUAUAGGCUAUUGUAUGUAUGUAUUAUACACUGUAAUGUUAAUGAAUUGUGAUUUUUAUAUCCUUGUUCUUCAUUUUUGACAGCUAAAAAGUUUUUUUUAAGUUGUAAAGCUUCUCUUAUUCACUGUUGUUUAUCUUA